AUGUCCAUCAGUCCAUACACCGCCAUCUGCGCACUGCGCACACUGCAUUCCAUGCUGAAAACUGUGUCAUCGGGAAUUUCCACAUAUUGGCCGAUGAAGGCGAGAUUCAUUGUCUCUGGUGGAAUAACUGCUGGACGGUCGCCCUCCGUGCGCGGGAACAUUAUUGACGUGCCUUGCGGAAAAAUGCAUGGAAUGGUAAUUGAGGUGGAAGGGAUUGAAGAUCAGCUGAUCAUGUGUGAGCUUGAUGAGAAGGUCAAAAAAUUUAGUCGGGUUGCCGGCUGGAUACAUAAUCAAGUCAGUAACCAUGGUCUCAAAAUGAAACUCUACCCCCUCUCUCCUCAAAAAGCUUGUGAUUGGACGGAUAAUGAACUCAUACAGAGUGUAGUUGAUCCAGUCGGCUGGUUGCACGUCGUUCAUACUCCAGAUUUCUUGAAAGUACUUGCGAAGAAGCCUGCGAAACUCCACGACACUAUGCCACAGCUGAAGGGCAAAUCUACUCCACGUCAGACAAACAUUCGUCACCAACUCAAGACUGAUAAGCGCCUUAAAUAA